CGCGAAAUGGAAGCAACCUUGGCGCUUCGACCACCGAAUGGUCAAAAGGAAAAGAAAAAACCCUAACUCUACGAAGAUGGUGGAAUCGGAGCUAAGCUAUGAACAGAUUCGUUUGAAUAGGGUGGAAGAGAACAAAAAGAGGAUGCUUGAGCUUAAUCUCAACAAGCUUUCUCAAUCCCUUCGCGUCUCUUCUUCUUCUUCUUCCAAGCCUUCUCCAGCUAAGCCAAGGACGCUGCGUAUUCCGGUGGACUUGUCGGAGGUCAGGAGAUCAAGCCGUGCCAAGAAUCCGCCUCCGAGUUACAGAGAGAUGGGGCUAGAACCUCUGCAAAGACCAAGAAGGAGCUGUCAAAGAAGAGAUUUGCUGAACCGGGUAUAUGCCCCAGACGAUGCAAAAGAGUAUGCAUUCGACAGGGCAGAGAAGCUUCAGUCAAGCCUGGAACCCGAAUUCCCAAGCUUUGUAAAACAAAUGUCCCAAUCACACGUAACCGGAGGAUUUUGGCUGGGCCUGCAGCGUCAGUUUUGCAGGAAACAUCUGCCACACCGCGAUGAAUUGAUCACUUUAGUUGAUGAAAAUGAUGAGGAAUCUGUGACCAGAUACAUUGCUGGCAAGAAUGGUCUUAGCGCAGGCUGGAGAGGUUUCGCCAUUGAUCAUCAGCUAGUCGAUGGAGAUGCUGUUGUGUUUCACCUUGUCAAUCCGACAACGUUCAAGGUGUAUAUCAUUAGGGUAUAUGAUGAAGCAAACAAUGAGUCAGAUAGGAAUGAUAAGGAGAAUGAUGUUGAAAUAAACAAGAAACAAGAGGAGAAUGUUUCAGAAGCUAGUAAGUUGCGAAACAGUGGUAAAAGAAAAAGCAGAGGCAGGAAGUAGAGUUUGAAGGUCGGGCUAGGACUUUUAUGGAAGGAUGUAGUUUUUUUGGUUUAUUGGAUGAACGGUGAAGUUAUGUGAUAUGGAUAUUUUGUGUCUUGUAAUGUACAAACGUGGAACAUUUACAGGCAGCUAAUAUUUUUGUAGCUACGUUGACUUUAUAUGAAACGUAGGAAAUGUCCUUUAACGUUGCGAAACUUGUUAAUUUAUUAGAAAUAGAAGAAAGCUAAGUGAUAUCCAUUUUUUUAUUACAAUUUGGG